AUGUACGCCCGCUUUCGCACACGCUCCAAGUUCUACAAGCGUCCUGAACGAGCGCUUCGCGCGUACAAUGUGAGUCCCAACAUGCUGCGCCGCCCGAAGGUCAAGCCAGGCCUUCUCAGGGGUGUGCACAGCGAUGAAACCGUGGAUCUGCGGGAUCGGGAGCGGCUGGAUAUGCUUGAGUCAAUUCGUCAUCCCAAGGAACGUGAUUUCUACCAGGACCACACGUACCACAACCAGUGGAUUUCCCGAGACCUGGAACGGCACCAGAAGAUGCAGCUGUCGACACGGUACCGCUACUUUGCCCCGGAUUAUGUCAUCACGCCUUGGAUCUGGUAUCCGGGAGAUGUGGUGGAGGUGGUGAGCGGCGAGGGUGUGGGACAGCGUGGGGCAAUCAUCGCGGUGACGAAGUACAAGAAUGAGAUAAUCGUGCAAAAUAUUAACGUGCAGGAUGUGGUGAUACCUGCGUCAGAGACGCGGCCGGAGCAGGUGGUGCAGCGGGAGCACCCCAUCAGCGUUGGGCGGGUGCGACACGUGGACCCUUCAACGAACCAGCUGUGCAACCUGGACGUGGUGAAGGUGCGCAACAAGGAAACGGGUGCGCUGGAGGAGAAGCGUAUGAGCCUCGAGAGUGGGGUCUUGCUGCCAAUUCCCCCGCUUGAUAGCAGCAUGGAAGUGGGCGACCCCCUGAAGGACACGCCAAUCCAGGACUCGGACGAGGCAACCUACGACCGUGAGGCGGAGAUGGCUGUGCUGGUGCAACGGCGCCUGCAUGCGAUGGAGGACUACUUUGUACGCAGUCUUCAGGAUUCGUACGAAUUCCACGAACCGCUGCGCGCGCAGAACGCCAAGGACAUGCGCUCCUUCCAGUCAGGGGUUGUGGACGCGGCGUCGGCGGCGUUGGCGGAGAAAUUGCUCCGAGUCGACGGGACGGCGCCUCCUGCGUGGUGGCAGGACGCCAUCGCCCCGCACGUGGAGGGCAUUGAGGCGGAAAUGCUUGCUACGGCGGAGGAAGAAGCCGCUAAGGCAAUGGCAGCGGCGGCGACUACGACGACGGCGGAUGGCGAGAUGUUAGCGACAGAGGUGGAGCAAGAAAACGGGUUCAUGGAUGAGGAGGAAGAGGAGGUAGGCAUGCAAACGUGA